UCAACUUCGAUUCGGCAAGGUACGCACGCUCCCAUGUGGCUUUUCUGGGUCUUUUAAUUGAACCCCAUUUUCGUGAACGAAAGCCAAGUAUUUUGAACUAUGGGCCGUUACUCCCGCGAAUCAGACAACGUGGCCAAGUCGUGCAAGGCGCGCGGCCCCAAUCUACGUGUGCACUUCAAGAACACACAUGAGACCGCUCAGGCCAUCAAGCGCAUGCCACUGCGUCGUGCCCAGCGCUUCCUGAAGGCUGUCAUCGAGCAGAAGGAGUGCGUUCCCUUCCGCCGUUUCAACGGUGGCGUCGGUCGCUGUGCCCAGGCCAAGCAGUGGAAGACCACACAGGGUCGCUGGCCCAAGAAGUCCGCCGAGUUCCUGCUCCAGCUUCUGCGCAACGCUGAGGCUAACGCUGACUGCAAGGGUCUGGAUGCUGAUCGUCUGGUCGUCCAGCACAUCCAGGUGAACCGUGCCCAGUGCCUGCGUCGUCGCACGUACCGUGCCCACGGUCGCAUCAACCCUUACAUGUCGUCGCCAUGCCACGUCGAGGUCAUCCUCACCGAGAAGGAGGAGGUUGUGUCCAAGGCCACCGACGACGAGCCGGCAAAGAAGAAGCUGUCCAAGAAGAAGCUGCAGCGCCAGAAGGAGAAGAUGUUGCGUUCUGAAUAAAAUGUGUUCUGGGCGAGAGCCGCUCAAGCCGAUGUCAACAAUUGAAGCUACAUCUUUUUUUUUUUUGUAACCAAUACACAAAUUUAAAAACAACCAAGUGUAUGUGCUACUUGUGCGUGUGUAUCUCAGUAAAUUAGAGGAUCAGUCACUCAAAUGGCACCUGGA